GAAAGAGCAGGCUCCUCACUCCUCAGCUUCUGCGGUGAGUUCAGCACUGACCAUUUGGCCUUGAUCAAAUUUAAUUUCAUGAGGUAUUCCUCGCAACCCUAAGCCAAAUUAAAUCUGUUUUCGCUUUGAUGCAAUUGAAUCCAGACAUCAAGAAAGCUAGAAAAUUUCUCCAAUUCAAUGGGUUCACGAUUCUAUGCCAAUGCACCUAUGCACGUUUUACAGUUCUUCAAUAUUUAUAUCGUGCAGCUCUUGAAGUGAAUUGGACGUAACUGAAAUAGAACGCUGAUGGGCGUGCCCCAUUUUCCAUAAUACACUGUCAUGUGCUCUGUUGGUCUUCUUGCUCAAAAGGGCAUCAAGUUCUUUCCUUAUUUUGGCAGUGUUUCGCGUUUUUUGUGUACACAGCGUUUCGGAAGUGACGACAUCUUAAACGGGGUAGGAAGUAUAGAGGAUAAUUUGAAAGAAAGCUGGAAAAAUCCAAAUUUUGAUUAUAAUUUUGAAGAUAAUUCAGAAAACUCCGACCAGUCAUUCUGUUUUAUGGGAGGUGGGAGCUUUCCUGAAGGAAUCCAGCCGAAAUUUUCCACCAGAAGCAAUUUUAUCAAUGAUUCAAAAGUUGAGGCUCAGCGAGUUCUGGAAAUUCUUUAUCAAGACGGACCAGGGUUUGAUACAAAAGCAGCUUUAGAUGAUUUGCAAGUUAGGCUUUCUGGGUUUCUAGUGAGGGAGGUUCUUGUAGGUCUACUGAAAACUUUAAAUUACGCGGAUAAGAAUAGGUGUGCAAAGAUGGGGUACAAGUUCUUUAUGUGGUCAAGUCAGAAUGAGAAUUACUCACACACAACUAAUUCAUACCAUUUAAUCAUGAAGAUUUUUGCAGAGUCAGGGGAGUUCAAGGCUAUGUGGAGAUUAGUCGAUGAGAUGUGUGAGAAAGGCCACUCAAUUACUGCUCGUACUUUCAACAUAGUGAUAUGUGCUUGUGGCGAAGCAGGAUUAGCCAGAAAAGUAGUUGAAAUGUUCCUUAAGUCUAUCAAUUUCAAUUAUAGACCCUUCAAGCAUUCAUUUAAUGCAAUUUUACAGUCUCUUUUGACUGUGAAACAGUACAAGCUGAUUGAGUGGGUGUAUGAGCAGAUGCUGGACAAAGGCCACUCUCCCGAUGUGCUAACAUAUAAUAUCAUUCUAUGUGCAAAGUACAGGCUGGGAAAACAUGAUCAGUUUCACAGGUUACUUGAUGAGAUGGGAAAGAAUGGCUUUUCACCUGAUCUUCAUACAUUCAACAUCCUUCUUCACGCCCUUGGCAAGUGGGACAAGCCUCUAGCAGCUCUUAACCUUUUGAAUCACAUGAGUGAAGUUGGCUGUGAUCCUACCAUUCUUCACUUCACGACUUUAAUCGAUGGGUUGAGUCGAGCAGGCAACUUGGAUGCCUGUAAAUAUUUUUUUGACAGAAUGGUAACGCAAGGGAUAGAGCCUGACGUUGUGUGCUACACAGUUAUGAUAACUGGAUAUGUAAUGUCUGGUGAAUUCGAUAAUGCCAAGGGGUUAUUCUCUGAGAUGACCAACAGGGGUGAGCUUCCGAAUGCAUUCACCUACAACUCUAUGAUCCGUGGGUUUUGCAUGGAGAGGAAGUUUGAGGAUGCUUGUUUGAUGUUGAAAGAAAUGGAAUUGAAGGGUCGUAAUCCAAAUUUUGUUGUGUAUAGCACACUAAUCAAUUGCUUGCAGAAGGCUGGAAAGCACUCAGAAGCUGAUCGGGUGGUGAGUUAUAUGAUGGAAAAGGGAAGUUACAUCCCGCUUUUACCCAAACUUAAAGGAUAUAGGAGAUGCUAAAGGAAGAGGUGCAUGUGAGGAAAGGAUUUAUUUAAGGUGAGCAUGAAAUGAAUCUUGUUUUUCAGUUUGUCUUACACAUAUUUGUAUAUAAGUGAGCAUCUCUUAUGAUUAUCUUUUCCUUGUGUAACUAGUGUUAUGUGUACUCUUUGUAUAUCGAUCUUCCAUGUUUAUAAAAGGACAAGUUUUUUAUUCAAUUCACAUUGAAAUGCAAAGGAUUACAUAUAUUGACAUAUAUAUAC